AUGAGCCAACUCUGUACAACAUUCAACCAGAGGAAGAGCAGAAUGUUACCAAGCGAUACGGUCCAAAAGCGAUGGAAUGAUGGCUUAUGCAUGGCUAUUACCACUAGAAGUGGUAAGAUAUUACUUGGCCCUACUGUGGGCAAACCUGCAGUUGAUGAGGUAGCUGUUGAUGAACCGGAAGGAGGUCCAAUAGAGUUUGAGAAGCUGGAUAAUUCUGAUAAUGUUCUAGAGAAAGGUGAAGAGAAGGAGAAGAAGGCACUUGAGCAAAUGCUAGGAUACGCGAAAUUCAUGAAGGACCUUAUGACUAAGAAAAGAGUGGUGAGCUAUGAAUUAGAGGGUAAUCUUUAUUAUUGUAGCGCUAUUUCUACAAGGACCUUGGUGAAGAAGAAACCAGGCCCUGGCGCAUUCACUAUUCCCUGUACAAUUGGGACUAUGGACUUUUCCAAGGCAUUAUGUGAUCUGGGAGCAAGCAUAAAUUUGAGGUCGCUGGCUUUUUAUAGAAAUUUGGGUCUAGGAAAUGCCAUACCCACUAACAUGCGACUCGUGAUGGUGGAUAGGUCAGUAAAGCGACUUGUUGGCAUUUUGUAUGAUGUAUUAGUGAAGUUGUCCAACUUUAUAUUCCUUGAAGACUUUAUCAUUCUGGAUUGCAAGGUGGACGUCAAGGUGCCCAUAAUCUUAGGUUGA